AGACAAAGCCGGUAACGAUAUUGACCUCCUUGACCGGAGAGUUACCUUAAAAGUUGGUUAUCUCUCAAGGUUGACGGUGACAGCAAACCAGAUAUGUUCAUUAGACGGACACUACAACGAGCUGGUGUUGUCCUUCAACAUGUUAAAAUGGCUGCACCAAAAUCUAGAUUUUCUAGUGUAGCUGAAGAUGAGGUUUUGUUAGAGACUGUGAACAGCACAGGGGUGAUAACUCUUAACAGACCAAAAGCUCUGAAUGCUCUCAACUUAAAUAUGAUACAGAGAAUUUACCAACAGAUGACGAUAUGGGAAGAGGACCCAAAAAUGAGAUUGGUGAUAAUUAAAGGAGCUGGAGAUAAGGCAUUCUGUGCUGGGGGUGACAUUCGAGCUGUGACAGAAGCAGGAAAGGUCGGAGACUCCCUUUCUCGGGAUUUUUUUAAGGAGGAAUACAUCUUAAACUUUAAAAUAGGUACCUAUGAUAUUCCAUAUGUGGCUUUGAUUGACGGCAUCACUAUGGGUGGAGGUGUAGGUUUAUCUGUUCACGGUGACUUUCGUGUGGCUUCUGAGAAGACAUUGUUUGCUAUGCCUGAAACAGCCAUAGGCCUGUUUCCUGAUGUUGGCGGUGGUUACUUUCUGCCGAGGCUCGGUGGCAGCCUUGGUGUGUUCAUGGCUCUAACAGGCUUCAGACUAAAGGGUCGACAUGUACAGAAGGCUGGAGUUGCCACCCACUUUGUCCAGUCUAAUAAGAUUUCAGAAUUAGAGACAGCAUUGAUUGGGCUGAAUAAUCCGAGUCAUCACGACAUUACAAAUUUAAUAGAAGACUUCCAGAGUAAGAGUACUGAUGUUCCAGAUGAAGAAUUUAUUUUAAAAUCUGACAUGGACAAGAUUAAUAGUCUAUUCAGUGCUACAACACUUGAAGGAAUAUUUGAAGAUCUAAGAAAUGAUGGUUCUGAAUGGGCAACGAAACAACUACAAAUACUACAGAAAAUGUCCCCAACAUCGAUGAAGAUCACACUAAGACAGAUACUGGAGGGGCGGAACAUGUCCCUUGGGGACUGUUUACAGAUGGAAUACAGACUGAGCCAGAGAUGUAUAGAUGACAAGGAUUUCUACGAGGGGGUUCGAGCUGUUCUUGUAGACAAGGAUCACAGUCCUAAGUGGGAUCCAGAUACCAUCGAAGGAGUUACAAGUGAUAAAGUAGACUGGUAUUUUUCUGAAUUGCCCAGUGAGAGGGAGCUGCAAUUAUAAUACACAUUCUCAGAUAAAUCCAAAAUUGACAUAAACGUGAUCAGGAGCACGAAGUGGUAAAGAGAAUGCAGCACAACAAAAUUAGUUCUGUGUGGAUCAAAGGCUGCUGUGAUUGUUUUAAGGAAUACAUAUAAGUAAAACUUUUCAGAAUUAUGUUUAAGUACUUUUGGUAGAUAUAUUUUGGUAAGUCCUCUUUUAGUGUAUCAUUUAAUUGAUUAGUACAAUGGUCAGAAGUAAGAAGUGCAAUCUUAUUUCACAUUUCGGCUCAAAAAUAGGAAUGUUACAACAGUAUUCAUGCUUAUAGUAUGUUUUAUAUGAAAGUCCUCUAAUGUUUUAUACAAAGAAACAAAUCAAUGUACAACAAAACAAUUAUCCUUUCUCUUCAGUAGAUCCAUACUACAAAGUAUCAACUUGAUGUUCAUUUUUUGUAGAUGCUCAGUAUGUGAUCUCAAAUAUAUCAUUUUCCACCAUUCUCACAUUUCACAAUCCUUCCAGUAUGGCUUUAUUGUGUAGUGCUAUAAUUUUAAUUUUGGACUUUGAACCUAUGCCAUAGUACGGCAUAUGUUAUCCAUGUCAAUGUUUUCCUUUAAACAACUUCUUCUCAAUAACCAUGAGACACAGUGACCAGAUAUUGGUUCUGUGGGAUGCUGGGGUGAAAGGCUACCAGGUUUGUUCAAAAGAAUGACCUUGACUCACAUUCAAAUUCACAGGGGUCAAAUAGGCUUAAAUUUAUACACCACUUCUUCUCAAUACCAAUGAGGCCCAGUGACUUGACAUUGGGCCUGUAGCAUGCUAAGUUGAAGGUGCUACCAGGUUUGUUCAAAUCAAAGACUCAAACUUGCCUACAUUGUUCCUGAGUGGGUCCUAACCAAUGGUUCUUACCUGGUAUUUUUUUGGUUCGGUCUGGAAUUCAAAUGAAUGACUUUGACCUACUUUCAAAGCCUCAGGGAUCAAAUGAAUUAAAAUCUUUAAACAACUUGUUAACUACCAAGAUACCUACGAUUAUGAUAUUCCAGCUGUAGCAUGGUGGAAUGAAAAAUUCAAGGUCACAGGAACAAGUGACAUAUUUUCCUUAAACAACUUCAUCUUAAUAACAAGACGCAGUGUCCUGGUAUCUGGCCAGUAACAUGCUGGUAAGGCCUACCCAGUUUGUCCCUGGCCUUAUUUCAAGGUCACAGGUCCGAGAUGUGAUUAAUGCUGGUUAAAAAGUAAAACAUCAUAUGUCGGUGUACACAUUAGAACUCGGUUGGACAUUAAGGUCCCUGGACCUCUUGUUGUUAUAUCAUUAAUCUAUGAAAUAGUGUGUCCAACUAAAUAACAGCAUCAAUAAUAUUUGAUAUAUGAAUGAUUAUGAACCAAAAAUAUCUUUAAUAUAUAAUACACAAACUGCCUUAUGUAUAUAAAAGUACAUGCAGUACCCUUCUUCCAAUCAUUUCAGUAUUUUCUUAUGUACCAAAAAUGCAAAACUAGCCCUAAGACACUAAUAAAAACAAACUGAAUAAAGAUCAAAGGGUUAACUUAA